CGCGGCGGCGGGCGGGCCAUGGCGGUGGGGCUGGAGGAGGCCUUCGGGGCGGCGGGCGAGUUCGGCGGCGGGCAGCGGCGCCUCACCGCCUUCCUGGUGCUGCUGCAGGUAUAUGUGGCUUGUCAAUCGAUGCUUAUUGUGCUUGUGGGAGCUGUGCCUAAGUAUCAUAUAGACCAAGAAGGAAUUCCAGUGAAGAGAGCUGAGCUUGCCAAGCGUAUCCACUUUGUGGACAACUUCACCUCUAUAGUAACUGAGUGGUACCUAAUCGAACAAGAAGCCUACAAAGUAAGCCUUGCAUCAUCCCUAUUUUUUGCUGGAUUGCUUAUUGGAAAUGUCACGUUUGGCCCCUUGUCAGACAAACUGGGCAGGAAACCAGUGUAUAUCUCAGGUCUAUUUUUGGAUGUCAUUUUUGGAUAUGUCACAGCAUUAGCUCCGAGUUAUGACAUAUUUGCAGUUUCACGUUUUUUUGUUGGAAUUGUGAAUGGUGGAAUGGCUCUCGUGUCUUUUGUCCUAACACAAGAAUAUGUAGGAAAAUCAUUUUGGUCAUUUACAGGUUCAUGAACUAAUUUGACAUUUGCAGUUGGCAUUGCGGUUUAUGCUUUGCUGGGUUACUGUGUAAGAGAAUGGCGUUACCUUGCCUUGGUAUCGAAUACCCCAGGGGUCAUCUUCCUUCUUCUUUCUUUUAUGCUCCCAGAAUCACCACGAUGGUUGUAUUCCCAAGGGAAAAUGGAAGAAGCUGAAGAUGUAUUGCAAUAUAUUGCCCUUGGUAAUGGAAAAGAGAGAUUAAAUCUAAAAUUAAAACCAAAUGCAGGAACUUUGAGAAAGGAUGUAUCAGCACCUGGUAUCCUAAACUUAGUAAAACACCCCAUCCUUUGGUGGCGAACUGUCAUACUGAUGUACAUCUGGUAUGUCUGCAGCUUUGUGUACUAUGGACUAACUUUAAAUGCUGGUGAAUUAAGAGGAAAUCUGUAUUUAAAUGUGGCUCUUUCUGGUCUUGUGGAAGUUCCAGCGUUUCCUCUCUGCAUGUUUUUUAUUGAGAAAUCCUGGUCUGGAAGACGUAAGACUAUGACAUGUUUUCUGAUAUUUGCAGGAUUUGCCUGUAUAUUUACCAUGUUUGUACCAACAAAUGUAGGUCUGCUCUUCAGUCCUACUUUGUUAGCUUUGUGUGGAAAAAUGAUGGUCAGUGCUGCUUUCAACAUCUUGUAUAUUUAUACGUCUGAACUGUACCCAACAGUAUUGAGAAAUGCUGGCUUGGGUGUCUGUUCCAUGUCCUGCAGAUUUGGAGGCAUUUUGUCUCCAUUUGUGCCAUCUAUGAAAUCUCUUAGUCAUUCUGUACCGUUUGUGGUGUUUGGAAUCACUGGACUGUCAGCAGGAUUCCUGACUCUCCUUCUGCCAGAAACACUGAAUAAGCCAAUUGCUGAAAGCAUUGAAGAUCUCCAGAGCCCCAAAUACCAAGUGCUUAAAAGUAAAGAGGUACUGUUAGAAGAAAACACUUAAGUUUCAGAAGAUUUGUCUGUGAUGGAAAAUGCAGUGUCCAUUGAGAAGAUGCUCUAAUGGUUGAAGAGCAGAUUCUUGCUCUAUGUAUCUGACAGGAAACGUUGGAGCACUCGUGUAUAAUGCUGUUUGUAGCAUGUUAAACAGUUUUAUGAAGAGGCAAAUUGAGAAGAUGGAAGAAAUUGAUUGAAGCCUGUGAGAAAAGAGAUGACAAAUUGGUGCAUUAAUGACUUGGCAUGCUGUAGAUGUUUGGACUUCUUUACAGCUCCUUAAAAUGAAGUAUUAAUUUAUUUUACAAAAUGCAAUUGCUUGCUUCAGAUUAAGCUAUAAUGUUGUAAUUGAAGUUAUGUGUAUGGUUUAAAAUUUAGAUGGCCUUAUAUAUGCAGGCAAGCUGUAAUCGUGAAAAGUAACAGCAUCCUGUAUAUACUAAUUUUCUCUACAGAUUUUUUUUUCCCUCUAAAUUACAGUAUACCUCACAAUGUGAAGAGACCAAAGAUUUCUAUAAGCUGUUUGCCGUAGUGUAUCUAGCGUAAGAAACCUGAAUAGGAAAUCUGAAAGAAGUAUAAACACAUUUUAUUGUGGGAGUAAAUAAUUUUUUAAUACAGUUGUACAUGAAAAUAUAUAUAAAGUAAAAAAAAGAUACUAUAUUGGAAAAAUUAUGUCACGCCUUUAAGAGGAACAUUUAAAGGAGAGAAUGAGUAACUUUUUAGGCAAAGAUUAUUUAACUGGAGUUGUAAAUGUGGAACUAGAAAUUACUGAACAAGUCAUAUAUUGUAUAAUAUAUGUAAUAAUAUGUAAUUCAAUACAUUUUACAUAUGAGUUGGAAAUUGUUCCUGCAAGAGGGGGGGGUGUGUUUGGUUAACAGUUAAUACAUUUAUGUUGAAAUAGGUGCAUCAUAUGUUACAAUUUUCUGAUAGCCAACACAGUUUGGUUAUAAAAAAAAGGAAAAUUAUGUAACAUGGGUACUAGG